GCUUUCAGGAGCUUAAUUUAUAUAUAGAUCUAUAUAGGUCUGUGAUUGAGACAUUCUUAUUUAUUUACCUCUCCGAAGUUGGCAACACGGAUUUCCUACUAAAAAUUGUAAACAAAUAUCUUUAUCAUGUGACCAAGAAAAUGUCUGAGUCCAGGAUUAGUUUAGAUCUGCGAUCUGUAUGUUCAUGUGUGGCUAGUACUCUAUUUGAAUAUUACACUCCACGAAUAGUGCACAUAAAAAGCAAGAAAGUUGGAUUUAUAAAUAGAUUUCUUCAGCUUGUAAUUCUGUCGUAUAUCAUUGGUUAUGUGAUUGUCUACAAAAAAGGUUACCAAGAGUUUGACACGUGUCAAAGUGCAAUCACAACAAAACUAAAAGGAGUCGUUUUCUCUAACCUCAGUCACCUGUCUGACAUAGGUGUGCGGACAUGGGAUGUUGCUGAUUAUGUUAUACCACCCCAGGAAAUUGGUGCAACUUUUGUGAUGACAAAUGUUAUUCCUACAUUAAAUCAAACACAAUCAACUUGUCCUGAGGAUCCUACAAUUGAUGGCAGUUUUUGUAUUGAUGAUUCUUCCUGUCCCCAGGGGAAAAUUUUAGACAAAGGAAAUGGACCUUUCACUGGUAAAUGUGUCAACUCAGCUAACGAGAAAAGUCAUGUUUGUGAGAUAUAUGGAUGGUGUCUGGUUGAAGAUGAUAGUAGAUAUAAGAACAUGACGGAUCCAGUCUUGUUUGGUUCACACAACUUCACAAUGUUUAUUAAAAACAAUAUUGAAUUUCCUAAAUUUGGUGUAAGAAGACGAAACUUACCAGACGUGGCCACCAAUGAAAGUACAGCCUUUAUAAACAAUUGUACGUACAAUGCCACAGAUCCGCAGGCCAAAUAUUGUCCUUUCUUUCGAUUGGACACUAUAGUUCAAGGAGCUGGUUAUCCGUACAGUGCAGUAGCUGUUGAGGGAGGUGUGAUAGAAGUCGUUAUAAAUUGGGACUGUAACUUAGACUUCAGUGUUGAUGACUGCUUGCCUGAGUACAGCUUUAAAAGACUUGAUCGGGGUGACUACAGCAUUUCUCGAGGCUUCAACUUCAGAUAUGCUGAUUAUUAUGCAGUAAAAGAAAAUGAUACCUUCAAGCAGUAUCGAAAUCUCUACAAAGCCACUGGCAUUAUCUUUGUUAUAAAUGUCCAGGGCAAGGCAGGAAAAUUCAGCAUCAUUCCACUUUUAUUAAAUUUUGGCAGUGGUUUGGCACUGCUUGCAUUGACUACAGUCAUCUGCGAUCUGAUUGUAUUGUAUGUCCUGAAAGCUAAGAAAUACUACAGGGAACAUAAAUACUUGCUGGUUGAAAGUCAAGAGUCUUUUCAGAUACUGCACGACGACUCAGACCAGGGAAGUCACAGGGAAGUAAAACGGCGGCACCAUAAUCCUAGUGUGGGGACAUCUUAUGAAGGUCAUGGCACAGAUACUUAGUCUUUUCUGACAUAAGCUUUAAAAAUAUAUUAUUGGCUUAUACAAGACUUUACAAAUGAAUUUGUAUAUGAUCAGGUGUAGAGCUAGUGAAAAAUAAAAUAUCCACCUUGUUUGUCUCUCACAAUGCUGAAUAAUGCGAUGAUAAAAGCUAAGGAGUAUUGUGAUGUCCCCUGUUUUUUUUUUUAAUGGUUGUAAUUUGUACUUGCAUUUAUUGUUUUUAACUAGCCUCUUUAGUGUCGCAACAUUUUGCGCAGUAUUGUAGCGUUUACUCAAUCUAUUGAUUGCUUGUCUGUAUAAUGUUUGACAUGUUUUGGGGGUUCCUUCAAAUUUGAAGAUGAUGGGAGAUGGCAGCAGGUAAGGUUUGAACCCAGGACCAUUGAGACCACAGAAUAACAGUCCAGAAUGCAAACUAUACAACCAAGCAGCCAUCCUGGACUUGUACAUUAAUUGUUCCAUAUUAUGCUGGAACAUUAAAUAUUGCCAUUGUUUUCAAAUGUGUGUAUAUGGAACUAUGGUACCACUUAAAAUUGAAUCUUAUGCUAAUAAAAGUCUUCAAAAAUCUACUUGAAUUUUCAAAGUAAUAAAGCUAUUUAUUUUGGUGUUGCUGAACCUAAUUUUGUAGACUUGAAAUAAAGACUUUACUAGAAAUAGUUCUCACCUUUACCUAUCCAUUAGUCUGCUGGACAGUUGGGACACCACACAUGUUCUGUUGACAGUCUCUCUCUCCAGUCUUCUGUCUUUUGACUUGACUAGUCUCUUUCAAUGACAGGCCCACUCAAUCUUUUAUGUUGUCUUUUUAUCACUCUCUUUGAUUGCCUCUUUCUUUUUCCUGGUACUGUUCCCUGGAGGAAGAUCUUUGUGAACCCUGAGGACCUUGUAAUACGCCCAUACAGUUUAAAUUUACAUUUUUUGACAAUGGUCAGCAAGUCAUUGUGGGUCCUAUUGCAAUAGUGAUUCUGUUUUUCAAUUUUCUUAUUUGUGAUGCCAUCUUUGUAGGUGAUUCAAGGAUAUUUUAAUAAUAUCUUAAUUCCAUGGUUAGGAUCCUUCUAUUUAAGUAGCAUCUAAAUUCACAAGCAGAGCUAGAUAGUUAAAGCAUUUUAAAAAAACAGUUCCUCUGUUUCAUUCAGUUUUUUAACAAAUUAGACCUUGAUUUUGAUAUAAAAAACAAAAAAUAGCUUUAAAAAACUUAUUUGAUUCCUUGCUGUUUGUGCACUCAUAUUUAGAGGCAUAUUGUUGAAUGUCUUUUCCAUAGUAUUGACGGUGGAGAAUUCAAAGGGGAUGUAUCAUAUAGUUGAUCAAUUUAAAAUUUGAAGACCAAUCAAUGACAAAUUUGAAGGUUAAUAUCAAUUGUAUCAACAAUUUUUCUCCAACAUUUAGAGAGAGAUUGAAAUAUUUUAGUUUAGCUGUUUAUUUAUCUCAAUUGUUUACCUGUGUAAAUUAUUUUUUUUUUUGUAAACUUUUUGACUUUCUCAUUUUGGAUUUGUUUGUUUUUAUUGGUGAAUGAAUUGACUAGUUUUACAUAUAGUUUUGCUAGGAUAAUAAUUAGAAAUGCUAACAACAGCACAGACACAGUUUGAGCAAAGAUGUGAAGCCUAUCAAUAUAAAAUGCUGAAAAAUCAUUAUAUUCCUAUUUUAAAUGCCAUUAUUUUCAUUUUUCAAUCCUUACCGUCACACUAAGUUAAAUCUGUGCUGUGUUUGAUACCAUGGUCCAUUCAAAAAAAAGGAAAUAAACAUUGUUUAUUAUUAUUAUUAAAUUAUUUGUUUUGUUAAAUGAGUUUUCUGCUAGUUUGAAAUUAAAAUGAUAAUUUCUAGACCAUAAACUUGUUGACAUUCUAAAAUAUAUAAUUGCUGUUACUAACUCAAGAGUGAAAAUAUAUUUUUUUCUCAAUGUAAUUAAUAUGUCAAUAUUAAAUUAUUUCGUCUAGUUGGAAGAAAGAUUUGUUUCUUUGUAUCACUACAAACUUUUCAUUUUUGAACUAUUACUAUUUUUCAGGAGGCACUGUGGCUGAGUGGUUAAUUGCUUGGUUUCAGAAUCGGGGUUCCCAGGUUUGAAUCCUGGGAUUUUUAUUUUUGGUACCUUUAGGACGCUUCUGAGUCCACCCAGCUCUAAUGGGUAUCUGACAUUAGUUGGGGAUAAGUAAAGGCGGUUGGUCAUUGGGCUGACCACAGAAACAUGACCUCUUUAUCGUCUGUUAAUGUUAUUAAUAUGUCACUAUUGUAUUAUUUUGUCUAUCUGCCGCAUAGAUUGCAAGAUCUAAAAGGUCAACUUUACCCUUGCAAUUUUUUCAAAGUAGAAUUGGAGAUUUUUUUUAAUACAUGGAGGCUAAUCCAAAAAAAUAGCAAGCUUUUUAGUAUACUCUGAUGUACGUUAUAUAAGCCAAAUAAUUUGUAUGCACUUUUCAGUUCUGUUGAAUCAUAUUUUUUUUUCUUGUAGCACAAAGUAAUUUUUAUUCAUUAAUUUAGUUGGCAGCAGUGAUCUUUCAAUAUGGCUUCCUUGACAUUGCUUUUUUUUUUUUUUAAAUUUUUUCCCCACCACAUUUCCUCCUAUCACUUUCUCUUCUUUCUCUAUUUUAAAGCUUAAUUAAGGUAAAAAGCACACAGAAGAGUGGAUUUCUGUGAUUGACUUUUGGUGUGAAAAUCCCCCCAAUUAAUGUUCAAUGAAGGUCUACAUUUUCAUGGUGGAUUGUUAACCUUGUUACCCUCUCUUAUUGUACAUGAGACAAUGAGAGAAAUGUAUCAUUGGGCUUGUGUCAACUUGUAUAGUUUGAAAAUGUGCACCUGUUGCUAGAGCUUCUCACUAUUUACCCAUUAAAUGUUGCAUGUUGCUGUACAGUGUACACAUUCAAUAGUGUAUAACAAACUCUACAGUCGUAGCUUGUUCUAUAUUGUGUAUAUAACCUUAAUUAUUACUUUUAUUGACAUUUUGACAUGUGUCCUCCAUCUCAUGGCUCUCACCUAAUGUACAUACAAAAACUGCGUUGUUGGUUUAUGUCGAGUUUGACAAUUAAUUUGUGAGGUUGCGAGUUUUGACGCUAGGGACAAAAUGCAUUUGAAUAGAUUCAAUUUUCAUUUGUGAGAAUUAGCAAAGUUGCAUAAUGAUCAUUUAUUCCAAUUUCUUAUAUUUUUUUUACAGUAUUAAUUUUUUUGUGGUGAGGAAAUAUUUACUUUGUCCACCGAUAUUGCCCCCCCUCAAUAAUUUGGUUUGAAAGGCUAAGAUCCUGCUUAUCAUUCCUUCCACAGCAUUGUAAUAAAAAAACAAACCCUUUAAGAGUUUACGAUUGGGCUUGUGUACAUCAUAUAUAAAUGAAAUGAAAAUUAGAGUUUUGCCACAAACUUUUUAUUAGAUUUUUUUUUUUCUGAAUUGCUUUCGUAUCUUUCAUGAUAUAGCAUUCUUCGUGUGCUAUGGUCUAAGUCACUUUUGUAGAUACACUGAGGGGAGGAGGUAUCUGGAUCUGCCUUUAGGCACUCAGCAAACAAAAAUCAGCUCAAGGGAUAUGAGCCCAAGCCCCCCUUGAUAGGUAGCCAAAAAGUACAUGUCACUCAGCCACAGAUCCCAUGUAGCUAACUAUUACUUAAUGUGUUUUAAGGUCACAUUUUACAGAAACUAUUUUUAAGCAAUCUACUAUUAAUAUUUUACUGUAUUGUUCAUUGAUCUGAAAAGAAUUCAUUUUUGGAUCAGACUUAGUUAACCUCAUAAAGAGGGAGAGGGGGAGCUUGUUUUCUUUAAAACUUAAAUUUCUAUCCAUUUUGAAUAUUUUUGCCAUAGUUAUAGGAUUUUUACAUACUGUUCAGAACCAAUUUUUUUCCCUAAAAAAAAAGCAGAUAUUUUUCAAAGAGCAAGAAUUAAAACUUUACCACAUGUUUAAAAUAAUGAUGACCUUACUAUUUUUUCUUGUUAUUAAUGUAUCUUACAAAAGUCACCUGAAUGUGUCAUACUUGAAAAAAGAUUCCUUCUAAAAUUUUUACAAAAAAAAAACCUACUUUGUUCUACAAUGGUAGUUAGUGAGAAUGAGGUUGUGACUGUAGUACUUCAGUUGUAACAGAACAUUAUGUUACAACUGACACCCAAAUGUAUACAAAAUAAAAAUAUAACUGUGAUACAGUAAUCCUUAAAUGACUUGAUGUGAAAUGUAUCUCAUAUAUUAUGUGUACAUGUUUUUUUUUUGUUGCAAUAAAAAUAUUCAAUAUCAA